AUGGCGAAGUGGAGUACCAUCAUUGUGUUUGUUGUAUUUCUUGUAGUGCAUGCAAGUGCAGCACGUACGGUUCCAAAUGGUGGUGAUGAGCAAAAAAUGGGUGUGGUGCAUGCAAAUGUUGCACAACAUGCAGAGAAUUCAACUGGUAAGGGUGUUGAUGAAAAGAAGAACUUCUUGGGUGGUGGGGUUGGUGGAUUUGUGGGUGGUGUUGCAGGGGUUGGUGGGUUUGUUGGUGGAAUCGGGAAAGCUGGUGCAAUAGGUGGUGGAAUUGGAGGUGGAAUUGGAAAAGUUGGUGCGAUUGGUGGUGGAAUAGGUGGGAUAGGCGGUGGAAUCGGAAAGGUUGGUGGGAUUGGUGGUGGAAUUGGAGGUGGGAUUGGAAAGGCUGGUGGAAUUGGAGGUGGGAUAGGUGGUGGAAUAGGAAAAGUUGGUGGAAUUGGUGGUGGAGCUGGAAUUGGUGGUUUCCAUGGUGUUGGUGCCGGAGCUGGAAUUGGUGGCUUCCAUGGUGUUGGUGCGGGAGCUGGAAUUGGUGGUUUCCAUGGUAUUGGUGGUGGCAUUGGAAAAGCUGGCGGGCUUGGUGGCGGCAUUGGGAAAGUUGGCGGGAUUGGUGGUGGAGCUGGAAUUGGUGCCUUCCAUGGGGUUGGUGGUGGAGCUGGGAUUCUCGGUGGUGGACACCAUGGCAUUGGUGGUGGAGUUGGUGGGUUAGGUGGUGCUGGAGGUGGUGGGUUAGGUGGUGCUGGAGGUGGUGCCGGAGGUUUGGGUGGGACUGGAGGAGCGGGAAGCUUAGGUGGCGGUCCUGGAGGCUUGAGUGGUGGUACUGGUAUCGGAAGUUUGGGUGAGCCUGGAGGAAUUGUAGGUUUAGGUGCACCCGGAGGAGAUGGAAGCCAAGGUGGGACUGGCGGCCCCGGAGGCUUAGGUGGUGGAAGUGGUGGCUUAGGUGGUGGUUCUAGCAGUUUGGGUUCGGGUGAUGGGCCUGGAGGAGAUGGAGGCUUAGGUGGUGGUAGCGGUGGUUUGGGUGGUGGUGCUAGUCCUUAA